AUGGGUGAUUACUACCUUAAUUUGUUGGAUUGGGGAAGCUCCAUUGUUCUUGCAAUAGCUCUUGCAAACAAAGUUUAUUUGUGGGAUGCUACCGAUGAUUCUACUUGGGAACUGGCCACAUUUGAGGAUGAAAGGGGACCUGUUACCAGCGUCAACUGGGCUAUUGAUGGAUGCCAGAUUGCCAUUGGACUGAACAAUUCCGAAGUAGAGCUAUGGGAUACAGCUGCCAGUUCUCAUGUGAUAACCUUGAGAGGUUGCCACCUAUCGGGAGUAGGCUCACUGGCAUGGAACAAUCACAUUCUUACAACUGGAGGAAUGGAUGGCCGCAUCGUUAACAAUGAUGUAAGAAUUGGAUCCCACAUUGUUGUUGAGACAUACAGAGGACAUGAGCAAGAGGUUUGUGGGCUUAAAUGGUCGGCUUCAGGCCAGCAAUUAGCAAGUGGAGGAAAUGAUAACCUGCUCCAUAUAUGGGACAACAGAUCAUAUUCACGAACACAGUGGCUUCACAGGCUCCAAGGUCAUACAGCUGUUGUAAAAGCCCUUGCUUGGUGUCCUUUCCAGAGAAAUUUGCUAGCUUCUGGUGGAGGUGGGAAUGAUGAUGGGUGCAUAAAGUUCUGGAACACUCACACAGGUGCAUGCCUGAACUCUGUUGACACUGGCUUUGAGGUUUGUGCUUUGCUGUGGAAUAUGAAUGAACGAGAGCUGCUUAGCGCACAUGGGUUUUCUCAGAAUCAGCUUACUCUUUGGAAAUACCCAUCAAUGUGUAGAAUUGCAGAACUCACUGGUCAUACUUCUACAGUCCUUUAUAUGGCUCAGAGCCCAAAUGGUUGCACAGUAGCAUCAGCAGCUCAUGAAACACUGAAGUUAUGGAAUGUUUUUGGGGACCCUAAGGAGGUUAAACCAGCUCCCAAAGCUGAUCCUCAGCCUUUUGCCCAUUUGAAUCGUAUCCGCUGA